CACCCCUCCGCCCGGCCCCCAUCCCCCUCCCCGGGCUCCCGCUUCUCUCCUCACGCCCUUCCUUUGCCCCCCUCCCCCGCGCUUGCUCUCGGCGGGUCGAGGGCCGCAGCUGGCGGGCGGGCCCCGGGCCCUGGCGUGGCGCCGGCCGGGGGGGCCUCGCUGUUAAUGGCUCACCAGGCGGAGCGGCCCGGCGGGCAAAGGUCCCGCGGCGGGGGAGGGGACGGAGGGGCCCUGCCGCCCCCGGCCGCUGCUCCCGGGGUGGACACUGAGGGGCCCUGACCGCCCCCAGCCGCUGCUCCCGGGGUGGACACUGAGGGGCCCUGCCGGCCCCAGCCGCUGCUCCCGGGGUGGACACUGAGGGGCCCUGCCGGCCCCAGCCGCUGCUCCCGGGGUGGACACUGAGGGGCCCUGACCGCCCCCAGCCGCUGCUCCCGGGGUGGACACUGAGGGGCCCUGCCGGCCCCAGCCGCUGCUCCCGGGGUGGACACUGAGGGGCCCUGCCGGCCCCAGCCGCUGCUCCCGGGGUGGACACUGAGGGGCCCUGCUGGCCCCAGCCGCUGCUCCCGGGGAGGGGACGGAGGGGCCCUGCCGCCCCCGGCCGCUGCUCCCGGGGAGGGGACGGAGGGGUCCUGCCGGCCCCAGCCGCUGCUCCCGGGGAGGGGGACGGAGGGGCCCUGCCGCCCCCAGCCGCUGCUCCCGGGGAGGGGACGGAGGGGCCCUGACCGCCCCCGGCCGCUGCUCCCGGGGUGGACACUGAGGGGCCCUGCCGCCCCCAGCCGCUGUUCCCGGGGAGGGGACGGAGGGGCCCUGCCGCCCCCAGCCGCUGCUCCCGGGGAGGGGACGGAGGGGCCCUGCCGCCCCCAGCCGCUGCUCCCGGGGAGGGGACGGAGGGGCCCUGCCGGCCCCAGCCGCUGCUCCCGGGGUGGACACUGAGGGGCCCUGCCGCCCCCAGCCGCUGCUCCCGGGGUGGGGACGGAGGGGUCCUGCCGCCCCCAGCCGCUGCUCCCGGGGAGGGGACGGAGGGGUCCUGCCGCCCCCGGCCGCUGCUCCCGGGGAGGGUCUGGCCGCCCCCGCACCCUCCUAGGGGGCAGCGAUGGGGCUGCACCGGUGCCGUGGGGCAGCGGCUCUGCACCACCGCGGAGAGGUCACGGGCGGCAGGAGCGGCUCCUGGGGCUGAGGGAGAAGCCUUUGGCUGGGGAGCUGGUUAGGGGCCACCUCCCCCCCGUGCCACUCACCCCCUCGGAGCCAGCGUGGGACAGAGCCACCCCCCUCCCCACACACCCAACCUGGGCUAUGGAAAUGCCCCCGUUUUCCCCCCACAUCCCCCCUUCACACCCAACACAGGCAGUGCUGAGCUCUGGCUCCUUUCUCCCUGAGAUGAACUGAACGGAUCCCACCUGAGUGGUGAAGCCUCCCCCCAAGAUGGACAAUGCUCCCCAGCAGCCAGCCCAGGCAGGAUCAGCCUUUGGUGCCUUCCAGCUGCUGGUUUCCCACAGCAGGGGACUGUGGGUGGCCCUGCCCCUGCCCUGACCCACUGUCUCACAGGGGCUACUCAAGGGAUGCCGAGGGCAGCUGGUUCCGCUCCCUCUUUGUGCACAAGGUGGAUCCCCGUAAGGAUGCUCAUUCCAAUCUCCUCUCCAAGAAGGAGACCAGCAACCUCUACAAGAUCCAGUUUCACAACGUCAAGCCAGAGUGCCUGGAUGCCUACAACAGCCUGACAGAGGAGGUGCUGCCCAAGCUGCACUCGGAUGCUGACUACCCCUGUGACCUGGUGGGCAACUGGAACACGUGGUAUGGCGAGCAGGACCAGGCAGUGCACCUCUGGCGCUUCUCGGGCGGGUACCCAGCCCUCAUGGACUGCAUGAACAAGCUGAAGCAGAACAAGGAGUACCUGGACUUCCGUAAGGAGAGGAGCCGGAUGCUGCUGUCCCGCAGGAACCAGCUGCUGCUGGAGUUCAGCUUCUGGAACGAGCCCCUGCCACGCCAGGGCCCCAACAUCUAUGAGCUGAGGACUUACAAGCUGAAGCCAGGGACCAUGAUUGAAUGGGGCAACAACUGGGCUCGGGCCAUUAAGUACCGGCAGGAGAACCAGGAGGCAGUUGGGGGGUUCUUCUCCCAGAUUGGGGAGCUGUAUGUUGUGCAUCACCUCUGGGCUUACAAGGACCUGCAGUCCCGGGAGGAGACGAGGAACGCAGCCUGGAGGAAGAGGGGCUGGGAUGAGAAUGUGUAUUACACGGUCCCGCUCAUCCGCACCAUGGAGUCACGGAUAAUGAUUCCCCUGAAGAUCUCCCCCCUGCAGUGAGGGGGGUCUGUGCUGGGGCAUCUGCCUGCACCCCCAGGGGCUCGCUCCCUGCUUGCUAGGGGAAGGGUGUCUGUGCUCCUCCCCCAGCUCCUGCCUCUCCUUUCCCCUUCCUGCACCAUUUUGGGGUGCCCUGUGGGGGAUGGGAGAAGGGACAGGUCUGCAAUUGGGAAGGGGAAAGGUGGGAGCUGCCUCCUGCACUCUCCUGCAGUGGGUCCCCAGGUGGGGCAGGAGCUGGUGCUGCCCUGGGGGGCUGGACAGGCUGCAGAGCUGUGUUGUGGGAAGCAAAUGUCUUAAUUAUUGUGAAGGGGCUCAGUGGGUGUCUUUCCUGCUGAGAACCUGUCUCACUGUGGACCAUUGCCAAUUAAAUAUUUAAUAUGCCA